AUGGGCGGUUGUUGCUACUCCUCGCCUUCCUCCUUGGAAGUUCCUCCUCCGGUGGAGUCGCAGAUUCAGAUCGAUGACCUCAAGAACGACGGAAUCAACCAAGACUGGGUUUGUCCAGAGUUCUCCAUCUCCGACCUGCUCACGGCGACGAAGAACUUCAGUUCCGAUGAGAUUGUCUCCUCCGACGCAUCUACCGAUAUUGUCUACAAGGGCCAGAUUGAGAACCUCGGCUUCGCCGCUGUCAAGAAACUUAAGCCUAGGACUUGGCCUUCUCGUUUUCGAUUCGCUAUUGAAGCACAGAGAGUUUGGGAGUUAAAGCACAAGAGAGUCGUCAAGUUCUUCGGAUAUGGCUGUGAUAAAAAAGAAAGGCUUCUUGUCGCUGAGUUCUUGCCUAAGGAUACUCUCGCUAAGCGCUUGUUCGAUCGUACGACUCUUCCUCUUAAUCUCUCUUGUUUCGUUUUCGCAUAUAGCUUUAGAGAAUCUGGUUCUUGCAUGAUUGAUGAGUUGGAGAAGAGUGAAACCAUGGAAUGGGGAAUGCGGUUGAGAGUAGCUUAUUGCAUAGCUGAAGCAUUGGAUUUCUGUAGCAAUGCAAGUGCAUCUUACAGUAACUUGAGUGCUUACACAAUUCUCUUUGAUAAGGAUGGUGAUGCCUGUCUUUCAUGUUUCGGCUUGCUGAAGGAGAACGAAGAUGAUCAAAGAACAACAGGAAGUGUGAACUCUCAAAGUGUGAUAUACAGAUUUGGUACUGUCCUUGUGAAUCUGCUUACUGGAAAGCAAAUCCCUCCAAGCCAUGCUCCUGAGAUGAUAAACGGGAAGAAUGUUAUUGAUUUGAUGGAUCCAAACCUGGAAGGAAAGUUCUCUGCUGAAGAAGCUACUGUAGUUUUACAAAUGGCUUCUCGGUGUUUGCAGUAUGAGGAUAGAGAGAGUCUCAACACAAAAGAUCUUGUUGCAACACUUGAAGCCCUGCAACACAAACCACAGGACGAGGAGGCAUCAUCUUCAGGACUUGAACCUUUGCAAACUACAUCAGAAAUUCCAUCUGUUGAAACGAAGGAGGAAGCAUCAUCACCGAGUCAACUGUCGCCACUAGGAGAAGCCUGUUCCAAAAGGGACCUUAAUGUCAUACAUGAAAUCUUGGUCAAGACACAGUAUGAAGAUGACAAAGAUUUCUCCGAGUGCUCUCUCGAAGAAUGGCUACCAGAGAAGAGUGAUGUCGAAGCAGAUGUUCAACUCGGCCAUGAGGCCUUCGAAAAUAAAGACUUUGCAUCCGCAAGCCAAUAUUAUGAAAAGGUCAUUAUUGAAGAUAAACGUGUGAUAUUCCCAAGUGUUUACGCCAGGCGUUGUUUAAGCUCCCUAUUCUGCAAGAAACCAGAAGCAGCCUUUUCCGAUGCAAAUAAAGCAAUAGAUACGUACCCUGAUUGGCCAACCGGUCACUACUUGAUGUCUUUGGUAUUAGCCCAAUCCGGCAUGCCCACUGAAUCUGCUGGUUACUUCGAACAAGCAACUCUUCUCGAACAAAAGAGUCAGGGCACCAUGGUUAGGGAAGAAGAAUCUUAA